CCCCCGACGCCUGGCCCCGCGCCCCUCCUCGGCCUCCCCCGGGCCACUCUUCCCUUGCCUCAGCCCCGCAGGGUCUCCAUGCCCGUCCGCCCCGUCUCCCUCGCCCGCGCGGAGUGGCGGACACUAAAUGCCACAACACACGGAGCGCCUGGCUCGCCGCCCGCAGAAGCCGGCGGUCCGCAGCGGGGAACAGGGGCCGCCCGCCCCUCCUCAGGCCUCCGCUGCGCGCCCCGCGCCCUCGGCCCCCGGCCCCACCCUGCAUCCCAGCUGCCUGUCUGGCCGCGGGCUCUGCUCCUUCGCCUUAAGAUUGACGUCGUGUUCUGUCCCCCACUCGCAGCCCGCGUCCCUUACAUCCGCCCACCGGCGCCUGGCCCCAGGCCUUGACACUCAUCCAGUUGGUGUUCAGUGUUCGAUGAAUGGAUAAGCGAAUGACUCCUUUCCCAAUCCUAUUUGAAGGCCUGGGAGGCAGAAUAGGUAGUAAGUGUUAAAGGAUGGGGUGUCCUGGAGUCAGAGCCGGGCAGGUCCCAGCGGCCCCUUCCUAGCUCUGUGCUGGGGCAAGUGCCCUACCUCACUCCGCUCCAGUUUCAUCACCAGUGGAAUGGAGAUGAGAAUAGUUUCUACCUCUGGCUUGCCCCCAGGUUUCCCUAGAUGACAAAUAAACAUUCCUUUUCCUGCGUGAAGAUCGUCUGUGGAAACCUUGGCCAUGGCAUCGAUAUCAGAGCCUGUUACAUUCAGAGAGUUCUGCCCGUUGUACUAUCUCCUCAAUGCCAUUCCGACAAAGAUCCAGAAGGGUUUCCGCUCUAUCGUGGUCUAUCUCACAGCCCUCGACACCAACGGGGACUACAUCGCGGUGGGCAGCAGCAUCGGCAUGCUCUAUCUGUACUGCCGGCACCUCAACCAGAUGAGGAAGUACAACUUUGAGGGGAAGACGGAAUCUAUCACUGUGGUGAAGCUGCUGAGCUGCUUUGAUGACCUGGUGGCAGCAGGCACAGCCUCUGGCAGGGUUGCAGUUUUUCAACUUGUAUCUUCAUUGCCAGGGAGAAAUAAACAGCUUCGGAGAUUCGAUGUCACUGGUAUUCACAAAAAUAGCAUUACAGCUCUGGCUUGGAGCCCCAAUGGAAUGAAAUUGUUCUCUGGAGAUGACAAAGGCAAAAUUGUUUAUUCUUCUCUGGAUCUAGACCAGGGACUCUGUAACUCCCAGCUGGUGUUGGAGGAGCCGUCUUCCAUUGUGCAGCUGGAUUAUAGCCAGAAAGUGCUGCUGGUCUCUACUCUGCAAAGAAGUCUGCUCUUUUACACUGAAGAAAAGUCUGUAAGGCAAAUUGGAACACAACCAAGGAAAAGUACUGGGAAAUUUGGUGCUUGUUUUAUACCAGGACUCUGUAAGCAAAGUGAUCUAACCUUGUAUGCGUCACGGCCCGGGCUCCGGCUAUGGAAGGCUGACGUCCACGGGACUGUUCAAGCCACGUUUAUCUUAAAAGAUGCUUUUGCCGGGGGAGUCAAGCCUUUUGAACUGCACCCGCGUCUGGAAUCCCCCAACAGUGGAAGUUGCAGCUUACCUGAGAGGCACCUGGGGCUUGUUUCAUGUUUCUUUCAAGAAGGCUGGGUGCUGAGUUGGAAUGAAUAUAGUAUCUAUCUCCUAGACACAGUCAACCAGGCCACAAUUGCUGGUUUGGAAGGAUCCGGUGAUAUUGUGUCUGUUUCGUGCACAGAAAAUGAAAUAUUUUUCUUGAAAGGAGAUAGGAACAUUAUAAGAAUUUCAAGCAGGCCUGAAGGAUUAACAUCAACAGUGAGAGAUGGUCUGGAGAUGUCUGGAUGCUCAGAGCGUGUCCACGUGCAGCAAGCGGAGAAGCUGCCAGGGGCCACAGUUUCUGAGACGAGGCUCAGAGGCUCUUCCAUGGCCAGCUCCGUGGCCAGCGAGCCAAGGAGCAGGAGCAGCUCGCUCAACUCCACCGACAGCGGCUCCGGGCUCCUGCCCCCUGGGCUCCAGGCCACCCCUGAGCUGGGCAAGGGCAGCCAGCCCCCGUCACAGAGAUUCAACGCCAUCAGCUCAGAGGACUUUGACCAGGAGCUUGUCGUGAAGCCUAUCAAAGUGAAAAGGAAGAAGAAGAAGAAGAAGACAGAAGGUGGAAGCAGGAGCACCUGUCACAGCUCCCUGGAAUCCACACCCUGCUCCGAAUUUCCUGGGGACAGUCCCCAGUCCUUGAACACAGACUUGCUGUCGAUGACCUCAAGUGUCCUGGGCAGUAGCGUGGAUCAGUUAAGUGCAGAGUCUCCAGACCAGGAAAGCGGCUUCAGUGGUGAAGUGAACGGUGUCCCGCAGGAAAAUACUGACCCCGAAACGUUUAAUGUCCUGGAGGUGUCAGGAUCAGUGCCUGAUUCUCUGGCUGAGGAAGAUGACAUUAGAACUGAAAUGCCACACUGUCACCAUGCACAUGGGCGGGAGCUGCUCAAUGGAGCGAGGGAAGAUGUGGGAGGCAGUGAUGUCACGGGACUCGAAGAUGAGCCGUGUCCUGCAGACGAUGGACCAAAUAGCACACAGUUACCCUUCCAAGAACAGGACAGCUCUCCUGGGGCGCAUGAUGGGGAAGACGUCCAACCCAUUGGCCCCCAAAGCAUUUUUUGUGAAGUCCCUCUCCUGAACUCACUCACUGUGCCUUCCAGCCUCAGCUGGGCCCCAAGUGCUGAACAGUGGCUGCCGGGGACCAGAGCUGAUGAAGGCAGCCCCGUGGAGCCCAGCCAAGAGCAGGACGUCCUAACCAGCAUGGAGGCCUCUGGCCACCUCAGCACAAAUCUCUGGCAUGCUGUCACUGAUGAUGACACAGGUCAGAAAGAAAUACCCAUGUCUGAACGUGUCUUGGGGAGUGUGGGAGGACAGCUGACUCCGGUCUCUGCCUUGGCGGCCAGCACUCACAAGCCCUGGCUUGAGCAGCCUCCACGGGAUCAGACAUUGACGUCCAGCGAUGAGGAGGACAUCUAUGCCCACGGGCUUCCUUCUUCAUCCUCAGAGACGAGUGUGACAGAACUCGGACCUAGUUGCUCCCAGCAGGACCUGAGCCGUCUGGGUGCAGAGGACGCUGGGCUGCUCAAGCCAGAUCAGUUUGCAGAAAGCUGGAUGGGCUACUCGGGUCCCGGCUAUGGCAUCCUCAGCUUGGUGGUCUCCGAGAAGUAUAUCUGGUGCCUGGACUACAAAGGCGGCCUGUUCUGCAGCGCGUUGCCCGGCGCCGGGCUGCGCUGGCAGAAGUUUGAAGAUGCUGUCCAGCAGGUGGCAGUCUCGCCCUCAGGAGCCCUUCUCUGGAAGAUUGAACAGAAAUCUAACCGGGCUUUUGCUUGUGGGAAAGUCACCAUCAAGGGGAAGCGGCACUGGUACGAAGCCCUGCCCCAGGCAGUGUUUGUGGCCCUGAGCGAUGACACGGCCUGGAUCAUCAGGACCAGUGGGGACCUGUACUUGCAGACAGGUCUGAGCGUGGAUCGCCCUUGUGCCAGAGCCGUAAAGGUGGACUGUCCCUACCCGCUGUCCCAGAUCACAGCCCGGAACAAUGUGGUGUGGGCGCUGACAGAGCAGAGGGCCCUCCUGUACCGGGAGGGCGUGAGCAGCUUCUGUCCGGAAGGGGAGCAGUGGAAGUGUGACAUUGUCAGCGAAAGGCAAGCUUUAGAACCCGUCUGCAUAACGCUCGGGGAUCAGCAGACUGUCUGGGCCCUGGACAUCCAUGGGAACCUGUGGUUCAGAACUGGCAUUAUUUCCAAGAAGCCCCAAGGAGAUGACGACCAUUGGUGGCAAGUGAGCAUCACAGACUAUGUGGUGUUUGACCAGUGCAGCUUAUUUCAGACGAUAAUCCAUGCCACUCACUCGGUGGCCACAGCAGCCCAAGCCCCCGUAGAAAAGGUGGCAGAUAAGCUGCGCAUGGCGUUUUGGUCCCAGCAGCUUCAGUGCCAGCCAAGCCUUCUCGGGGUCAAUAACAGCGGCGUCUGGAUCUCCUCGGGCAAGAAUGAAUUCCACGUCGCUAAGGGAAGUCUCAUAGGCACCUACUGGAAUCAUGUAGUUCCCCGUGGGACAGCUUCUGCUACAAAAUGGGCCUUUGUGUUGGCUUCUGCGGCUCCCACGAAGGAAGGAAGCUUCCUGUGGCUGUGCCAGAGCAGCAAGGACCUGUGCAGCGUCAGCGCCCAGAGCGCACAGUCGCGGCCCUCCACGGUGCAGCUGCCUCCCGACGCGGAGAUGCGCGCCUAUGCCGCCUGCCAGGAUGCGCUGUGGGCGCUGGACAGCCUCGGCCAGGUGUUCAUCAGGACGCUCUCCAAGAGCUGCCCCACGGGCAUGCACUGGACCAGGCUGGACCUCUCCCAGCUAGGAGCUGUAAAAUUGACAAGCUUGGCAUGUGGAAAUCAGCACAUCUGGGCCUGUGAUUCCAGGGGUGGAGUUUACUUCCGUGUAGGGACUCAGCCUCUCAAUCCCAGUCUCAUGCUUCCAGCCUGGAUAAUGAUUGAGCCACCUGUCCAGCCCGCCGGGGUCAGCUUGGUCAGCGUCCAUUCCAGCCCCAACGACCAGAUGCUGUGGGUGCUUGAUAGCAGGUGGAACGUGCACGUGCGGACCGGGAUCACCGAGGAGAUGCCUGUGGGGACCGCCUGGGAGCAUGUGCCAGGGUUGCAGGCCUGCCAGCUGGCGCUGAGCACCAGGACCGUGUGGGCCCGCUGUCCAAACGGAGACCUCGCCCGGCGGUACGGCGUCACAGACAAGAACCCCGCCGGGGACUACUGGAAGAAAAUUCCCGGCAGCGUGUCGUGUUUCACAGUGACUGCGUCAGAUGAGCUGUGGGCUGUGGGCCCGCCCGGCUACCUCCUCCAGCGGCUGACAAAGACGUUCAGCCACUUGCACGGCACCCAGAAGAGCAGCCAGGCCGCCAUGCCCCACCCUGAGGACCUGGAGGACGAGUGGGAGGUCAUCUGAAGGAGCCCUGGCAGAGUCACGCGGAGGGGCCCGGCGUCUGUGGUGGGCACGGUGGCUUCGGAGUCACUCCCUGGUGGACGUGCUGCCUCAACACUUGUCCAGACACCUCUGGCCAGGUCGGACCCGCACACUUACUUUCAUCUAUGUUGGUUUCUGUCUCGUUCCAGAACCCAGAGCCUCCACCCGUGGCUGGCGUGAUUGCUGCAGCAGUGGCGCCUCGUAGCUCAGGACAGUGGCGACUGCCCGGCUGCAUGCACUCCGAUUACCCACGUGCUGCCGUCCUGGUCUCAUCCACAGAUAGCUCCAGCUUUUGUUGGUGGGAGUGGUCUCCGGAGGCCUCCCAGAACCAAGGGUAGCCGGGCAGCUGGUUUGGCCCAGGGCCUCUUUCCACAUUAGUAGCCCCAGGGCCAGAUGGAGCGAAAGGUCAGCUCUCUGCAGCGCAGGAUGUGCUCGGUGAUGGCUUUGUCCCAUCAUAGGGGGGUGUCCCCCCAGAGACAAAGCUGCAGAGCACAUUCCACGCCAGACGCUCUGGCCAGGAAGCCGAGGCCGGGCUUGAGAGGAGAGCACUGGCCAUACCAGGAGAGAACCCACGCACAUGCACACCACAACACACAACACACCGCACCUCACCACACCACAGCACACCUCACCACACCACACCACACCGCACUGCACCACACCACACCGCACCUCACCUCACCACAGCACACCUCACCACACACCACACCACACCCCACACCACACCGCACCUCACCUCACCACACCGCACCUCACCUCACCACAGCACACCCCACACCACACCCCACACCGCACUGCACCGCACCGCACCGCACCGUACCUCACCACAUCUCACCACACCACACCACACCUCACUGCCCACACACGGCGCAAGCUGCCCGCCUCCUGGAGAGCACACUUCAGCUGAAACAGUAAAGCCUGAUGGGUGCAAAUGGAACCUGGAUGUGUGCACGUGUGUCCCAGGUAGGGACGGCACAGGAGGGUGCAUGGGGCGUGGGGGAGCUGAGCAAGGGUCGCUCACUUAGAAAUGUCUUUGGAAUGGUAUUUAACUAAUGCUGCUGGCGGACAUCCUAAAACCAGAUGCAUCCUCAGAGGAUGAGUCUACUAAUUAUUGCCUUUUUUGUUGUAUUACAAAUCUGCAUAAAAUACCUCAUUUCAAAUCAAAUCUUACAAAUUUAGAAGAGAUAUGUAUUUUCCGAAAACAGUGGAAGGCCUUUGUUCCUUCCCGGGUUUGUCCUGAGCCUGCACUGUCUUCGCCUGCAGCCUCAGAGGGGCAGGCAUCCCCGCACAGACUUGACUGGCAGGGCGGUCACGGGACCUGCGGGCUGGCUUCGAGUGGCAGCCCAUGCCUUCUGCAGGGUAUGGGUUGACACUCGACAGGUUGAAACCAGUGCCUCUAUGGACGGCUGCUGUGGCCCCUUCAGACAAUGGGCAGUGCCCACCCCGCCCACUGGCAUCUGCGUGUGAAGGCUAGGCCGCCCUGCCACACAUCCCGCCCCCUCCCGGAGGCAGCUUCAGGACAGGACACCAGGCUGGCUGCUUUUUUUAGCCUGCCUCUGGCCCAGGCCCAGUCCUUGGUGUCAGGGAGCCCCCAGGCCGCAGGUGGAGGGUGAUAAAAUAUGUUCUCUGACAGGACCCAGCCAGCCACAUAAGUGGAGGUUUUCCAUGUCCAAAUGAGGUCAAGAUGCCGAAAUCCCAGAUCUGACUUCACACUUCCCUUUUCUAGAACCUUUUGUAAAAGUUGGUGGCAGCAGAGGCAGCCCCAGGCCGGGCUGCACCUCUCUGUGUCUGUUGUGCCUUGCCCGGCGCCUCACGGAUGGCAAAGCUCUCCUCACCCAUGGGACUGUAGUGCAAUGAAACCCGCGUCUAGGUGAUGCUUUUAAACUUGUAGCUUCGUGCUUUGUACAGUUUUCUUUCUGGUUUUAAUUUUUAGUUGUGCUUUGAGUCAGUGCAAUAAACUAGACUUUUUCCAAACCUGGCCGAGUGUGGUGCCUGAGCUGUGACAAGUGCCCUCAGCCGACACUCAUGAGGGCAGUGCAAGGGAGAACCUGCCAGCCCAGCCCCACCACAGGGAGAGUGCGUCAGCAGACCUGUCCUGGCCUGGCUGGUGUUGAAAUACACACCGGUUUGCCCAAGUGGCUGUUAUGGGGGAAUGGCCACUCCAGAGCUGGCUGCACCCCAUGGUAGCCUCUGAGGAGGAUGCUGUGGGGUGAGGUCCAGGGCUGCCUCCUCAUGGAGCUGUGUGUGAGCAGGCGUUGGAGGGGUUCGAGCCCCUGGUUCUGUAUCUUCAGCCAGCAAACGAAACCAUAUCGCAGAAGUGCCCUGCUGGAAACCAGCACACGCAAAAGAUGACGCCCAGCACAGCAGCAGGACACACCAUGUGCCAGGAAAUGACCUCAGCAAGAAACCUCAGGCCGUGUGAAGAGCGGCAAAGCUUUCCAGAAGGCAUAAAAGGAAACUUGAAUAAAGGAAGAUAUGUUCCACAUUCCUGGAUGGAGGACUACACACAUUAUGGAAAGACCUCAUUCUUUCCAAAGGAAUUUAUAGGUGUAGCUUGAUUUCAGUUCAAAUCCCCACUGGGAUUUUUUUAUUGGGGCAGGCAGGGAGGAAUAAUGUUAGUACCCACAAAUGCCCAUGACCUUGCCCAAUGUGCUUCUCACCAGAGCCCUGCAAGGUGAAGUCUCAUUAGCCCCUUGAGACUCAGAGAGGUUAGGUAACUUGCUCAAGGUCACACAGCACUGGGACUGGAAGCCAGCUCUGUAGAACUGCAGACCUGUGCUGUUUGAUGCCUCCUCACUGUCCCGUCACUCCUGGGAAGAAGAAACGGGUGAGAACUGCUAAGUGAUGACAGGUGGAGCCCCAGCAGGGGCCACUCUAUUGAAUGGCAUGGCCCAGACCCUCGGAGGGCCAGGCAGCAGCCUAGCGAGGCCCACAGGGAGGGAGCAGAAUGGAGAGGGCAUCUCAGAUGCGCUUAAGGAGCGGCAGGGGUGGGGCAUGGGGGGUGUCACAACUAAUGUGGCCACUGCUUCAUUCUCUGGGCAAAAUAAUAUUAAAUGGAUUAAAGAAUCUAAAACCAGUGGGAAAACUGUCUUAUUUCUGGAUGGCAAAGGCUUUCUAAACUCAAAAGUGAUAGGACAAGCUACAGAGGAAAAUAAGUACAUAGAUUUGAUUUCUCCAAAAUAUAGAAAUGCUGCUGGGCACAGUGAUGUGCAGUUAUAGUCCCAGCUACUUGGGAGGCCAAGGCAGGAGGAUUACUUGAGCCCAGGAGUUUGAGGCUGCAAUGAACUAUGAUCACACCACUGCACUCCAGCUUCGGCGACAGAGCAAGACCUUGUUUCUCAAAAAUAAAUAAAUAGAAGGAAAUAAAUGUAAAAAUGCUGCAAAUUAAAAACCUCAAAGAAGGGAAAUAAUUGCAACAAAUGGGAAUUGAUGUUGAAUAUUUACCUUAAAAACUUAUACAACAAUAAGAGGAGUGUGCCCUUCAGCAGCAUGUAUACAAAAAUUGCAACGAUACAGAGAUUAGCAUGGCCCCUGCACAAGGAUGACUCGCAAAUUCAUAAAGCUUUCCAUAAAUAUAUUUAUUAAAAACCAAUAGGAGGAGCACUUCGAGUCGAGUGUAAGGGCCCUUCACAAAAGCAGAAGGAACACUGGCCCAAACCCCCAGCACCCCGGAAGCAGAGGUGAGAUGGGAGCAGCUUGGGAGCGCCCCCAUUGGCGCCGCCCUACUGGGGAAGCCGGUCCGUACGUAGGCUUUGCAUCUCGCCACCUCCACUUCUGUCCUCAAGAACAAGUCCUAGGUCAAGGAAAACAGCACAGCCUGUUUAUAAUUAGGAAACACUUAAAACAGCCUGGCAUUUGGGAACAGCCAUGUUAACGUGAGCAAAUUCCUCUCAUGAAAUAGCCUGCAGCUAUUAAGAAGCACGUGUGUGCAGGAAGCGGACGCGCAGGACCUCAUGGCGCCAGCGUGAAGUUCCCGGGCAUGGUCAUGAAAACGUGGUUCUGUAAGAAAUCAGAGGGAGAAAGGGAGAGAAGGGGGAGGGAGACAACCCAAACGUUGGAGGGUAUUUGUUGUAAACUUCAAACUUUUGGCAGGUUUGAAAUGUUUCAUAACUCCGGGGAGGAGUAAGAGGGGUGAAAAGAAACAAGUUCUCUACUUGUGAUCAGCAGCUGGUCAUAGUGGUUGCCUGGAGUAUAUGCCUUUUUGUAUCCUUUGAAUUUCCAGCCAUGUAAAUGUAUUAUUUAUUCCAAAAAUAGAUUUACAUUUUAAAAA